UCAGCAGCUCUCCUUUCUGUCGGGAUUCUAUAUGAGGGAUCGGCACAUCCCCAAACAAUGCAAAUUCUUCUGGGUGAAAUUGGUCGUAGGAGUGGAGGAGAUAAUGUGCUUGAAAGGGAGGGAUAUGCAGUUGCAGCUGGGUUUUCACUGGGAUUGGUUUCUUUGGGUCGUGGAGAAGAUGCUCCUGGCUUCGUGGACUCUUUGGUUGAUCGGUUAUUCCAGUACAUCGGUGGCAAGGAACCUCAAAAUGAGAGGUUCCAUCUUUUUGUUCCAUCUAUUGAUGAACUUAAUCAGAGUGCAGGACAGAUAAUGGACGGCACUGCAAUCAAUGUUGAUGUUACUGCACCUGGAGCUACCAUUGCCAUUGCUCUUAUGUUUUUGAAGACAGAAUCAGAGUUGGUUUAUUCUAGGUUAUCUAUCCCGCAGACACAUUUUGAUUUACACUAUGUUCGACCUGAUUUUAUAAUGCUCCGUGUCAUUGCUCGGAAUUUGAUAAUGUGGAGCAGAGUUCAUGCAUCUGAAGAAUGGAUUCAAUCUCAAAUUCCGGAGGUUAUUCAAAAUGGUGUGAAAGGCCUUGGUGAUACCAUGAGUGACCCAGAUGAGAUAAAUGUUGAUGCAUUUGUUCAGGCAUAUGUUCACAUAGUAGUCGGUGCCUGCAUUUCUCUUGGUAAGCUUAGCUAUUGGUUUCUUGUUUAUUGGAGGUGGAAUGCAGACUUUUUCGACUAGCAAAAGUUCUAUUGCUGCUUUACUAAUAACACUAUAUCCGCGAUUGCCGACUGGACCUAAUGACAAUCGGUGCCACCUUCAGGCUUUUCGGCAUUUGUAUGUUCUUGCAACAGAAGCUCGCUGUGUUCAGACAGUUGAUGUGGACAGUGGUUUACCUGUCUAUUGUCCAUUAGAAGUUACUGUUCAAGAGACAGAACAAUAUGCAGAAACGAGUUUUUACGAGGUUACCCCAUGCAUUCUUCCAGAACGUGCUGUUUUGAAGGCUGUUCGUGUCUGCGGUCCUCGAUACUGGUCUCAAGUCAUCAAUCACAUUCCUGAGGAAAAACCAUGGAGCUCAGGGGACAAGGGUGAUGCACUUAGUUCUGGUAUUCUCUAUGUCAAGAGAAAGGUUGGUGCAUGUUCCUAUGUCGAUGAUCCUGCGGGGUGUCAGUCACUGCUGUCGCGAGCAAUGCACAAGGUGUUUGGUUUGACACGUUUGAGAGCUUCAGCUGCGAGUAGAAAUUGUCAAGAUGGUGACUUGGUAGAUCAGUUGAUCAGUACUUUCUCGUCUAACCCAAGCUUAAUUUCGUUUGCCCAGCUCUGCUGUGACCCUAACUGGAAUAGCAGAUCUGACAUUGACUUCCAAGAAUUUUGCUUACAAGUGCUAUUUGAGUGUGUAAGCAAGGACAGGCCAGCCCUAUUACAGGUUUAUCUGUCGCUAUACACUACUAUUGGUUCCAUGGUUGAUCGGGUUACUAGUAGUUCCAGCAAUUUACAGGACACACUCUUCAUCUCAAGUCUGAAGAUAGCACUGGCCUAUAAUAAUGGUUUGCUUAGUAAAAGAUCAACAAGUUCAAAGGAGGGAAUCGUGCAAUCAACUUUUCUUGGUUCGGUAAAGAAGUGGGUGGAGAAGAUCCUUAGUUCAUCUCUGGAAUUUCAGGAAUUUUCUACGUACAUCAAGUCUGGAAGAUGGCCAACUGAAGAUUGUGGGAGAAGAGCCUCUACUCUUCUUUCUUGGUAUGUACAAUGGUAUAAUGUGCCAUCACCAUUCGAAGUUAAAAGAGCUUUGGACAAAAUCAACGCAGUUAGCACACCCUCUUCAGUCCCUCUUUUACAUUUGGUGUUCCCUAGGACUGAUGUUACUGUCCUCUGUGAGAUCAACAGAGUAGGAUUUUGCUCCCGGGGAUGAUAUUGGAAUAUCCUCUCCAAAUUUUAUUGUUGUUGUAAGUCUAUAUUCUUAAUUAUUAAUUUGUAACGAUAGUAUUGAGUUAAGGGACGGUAAUUGAGGUAUUUUUGGUAGGAUAUACAACUCUUCACUGUUUGUUUGUUUUUAA